AUGCCCUUGCUUCUCGUGAUACCGAUUGCUGUGGGGGUCAUCGCCAUAUUAACUGUCAUAUGCUUGAUUGCAAGGACUCGGGUUACGGUGAUGCACUUGCGAGCUACGCUUAUAAAGCAAAUGGAGGCAACUCGACAAGCCGAGAGCAAGAGCAUGAGCAAGAGCAAUGCCUUUGCUCAAGCCAGCCACGAUGUCCGCGCGUCUUUGGCUGGGGUAAUCGGCCUUAUAGAUAUAAGUUAUGAUGAAGUUUCUCCUGGUUCGGAGCUCGAGAAAAACUUGAAGCAGAUGGAAGCUUGUACAAAGGACCUGAUGGGUUUUUUGAAUUGCAUUCUCGAUACGAGCAAAGUUGAGGCCGGAAAAAUGCCACUGCAAGAAGAAGAAUUCGAUUUGGCUCAGCUUCUUGAAGAUGUAGUUGAUCUGUAUCAUCCGGUGGCCAUGAGAAAAGGUGUGGAUGUAAUUCUAGACCCUAAUGAUGGCACAGUGCUCAAACAUUCACUUGUGAAGGGAGAUAGAGGAAAGCUUAAACAGAUACUAUCUAACUUGUUGAGCAAUGCUGUUAAAUUUACGGAUGAUGGUCACAUCUCGGUCAGGGCAUGGGUUCAAAAACCCAGCUUAGAAAAUUUGAUACUGGUUUCCACGGGGAAUAGCUGGUGGAAACGCUUAAUGUGCUCGUCCUGUAAGAAGAAUGACAGGGAAAGUGGUGAUGAAGCUGUGAACGAAUUCCGGCAAAAUCCUAAUUCUGCUGAAUUUGUAUUCGAGGUGGAUGAUACAGGCAAAGGAAUUCCCAAAGAGAUGCGAAAGUCAGUAUUUGAAAACUAUAUCCAGGUCAAAGAAACAGCUCAAGGACAAGAAGGCACUGGCUUGGGCCUUGGCAUCGUUCAGUCUCUGGUCCGCCUCAUGGGUGGAGAUAUAAAGAUCAUGGAUAAGGACAUGGGUGAGAGAGGAACGUGUUUCAGGUUCAAUGUUUUCCUUGCCCCAUUUGAUGCUGGUGCUACAAAACCAUUAGAGGAAGACCUUGAGGCCGGAGGUUAUGGAGCAGCGCAUCAUCUUGGGCUAACCAUCCAUGCCAAUAGUCCUGGGCUGAGCUUCCAUAGUUCGAGCACCAGACAAGUGCGUAGCCCCAAACCAGAAGGAUCUCCUGUUGUGUUAUUGAUACAGAAUGAAGAGCGGCGGAGAACUUGUCAGAGUUACAUGGAACGACUUGGAAUAGAAGUUCUCGUACCUAGCCAAUGGAAGGAUCUUCCUAUUAUUCUGAAGAAGGUACAAAUGAAGAUCAUCAACAAUGCAUAUCAUAGUUCUUCAGGAAAAUCAGACAGGAGUUGGAGGAUUGAAAGAUUCAGUAAAUCCGCUUCGUGCAGCAAGUCUCGCGGUAGAGUCAGUGGCGUAUCUCUCAGUUCACUUGAUGGAGCAGACCAUAUUCUCCCUGUCUGCAAGAGUCCUAGUCACAAAAAUCAAGCGGGCUUCGUGCUACUUAUAGUCGACGCAAGUGCUGGACCAUUUCAAGAAAUAUUCAUGGCAGUGACUGAAUUUAGGACUGAAUUUAGGAAACUCAUACCGAGCACUCGUUGUAAGGUUGUGUGGUUAGAUAAGCCAACGAUGAGAAGUAUUGACCAAAGGGCCAUUAAUGGCAAGCUCGACCCUGACGAUAUCAUCAUGUCUAAGCCCUUUCAUGGGACCCGUUUGCUUCAAGUGAUAAGACUUCUUCCAGAAUUCGGGGGCUUUUUGCAGAGAAGACCAAGCAAACAGGUGAAGGAGAGACCAGUCCAAAAUGCGGAAGCGACCAAACCUUCAGCAGAGGAAACUGGAAGUACCCGCAGGGAGAAACCUUUGGGUGGGAAGAGAGCAUUGGUAGUCGAUGACAGCGAGAUAAUGCGAAAGCUGGCUCAAUGUAAUCUUUCGAAUCUUGGAGCAACAGUUCAGCUGUGCGAAAACGGAAAAGAAGCUUUACAAUUGAUUCGUGAGGGCAUUGAUGAACAGAGGGAGUCAGGAGUUUCAGAUAUUCAUCGUCCUUACGAUUACAUAUUGAUGGAUUGCCAGAUGCCCACAAUGGACGGUUAUGAAGCGACAAGAAAGAUCAGAAAGGAGGAGAAACGAUACGGAAUCUAUAUGCCAAUCAUAGCAUUGACUGCUCAUUCUUCAGGCACCGAAGUGAAGAAGAUAUUCGAGGCCGGCAUGGAUUUCCACAUUGAAAAGCCUGCGAACGGGGCUCGCCUGAUGAAAGCCAUCACUGAAAUUCAAAGUAGAGGCGGGGGUGCAUAA